CUCCAAAAUGGACUACUGAGUAUCAGUAUUGACUAUUGUUGUGCAGGGUUAUUUUGAAGUUUUCCCCGGAGACCCGAGGCUUCUGAAGAGAUCUGGCCAGCCCGACAUGCAUGCUAGCUGUAGCCCAUCUACGGGACAUUUCUCCACACGUCAGUUUAUCAUCGCAUGCAUGCAGAUCACAGUGGCGCUAGGACUGUAGGGGGAAGAGUUACUGAACGGUCUUCACAGCAGGUACUUCUCGGAGAAACGUCGCUAUGGCGAAAAAGCGAAGUCCUGAAGAAACGCUGUCCGCGCUGGAGACCUUGGAAACGGAUUUGUCGAAGGCAGCUACGCGCAAUGCUGGCCUGCUCGAGGUGCUGGAAACUCUGGAGGGUCAUGCUUCCGGAGAUACGAAGGACACUGCUGAGAGCAGUACUCAUGGUACUGGUGCUGGGACAGCAGCGUCCAUGUUGAAAGGCUUGCGUGCAAGACUGAACGCAGCCCAUGGACCCAACGCUGCCGUGCGACGAGACUUGGCUGAAGUGAAGAAUAUGCUGAAGAGCCAAUUCUUGGAUACACAGCACUCGAAACAGCGCUAUGACCUGCUCCAUCAAGAGCUGCAAGCUGAGCGUCGCGAGUUGAAUAUGGAGAGAAGGAAGCUGGAGGUGGAGCAACGGCAGGUGGAGGAGACCCACCGUAAAUGGAAAGGCAGGCUGGAGGAAUCCAAACGUCAUGUUGAGCAGCAGCAGGAGAAGCUAGCAGCGCUGUCGGAGCGCUUGGCAGGUCAGACAUCGGAUCUUGUGGCGCAACGAUCUCUUGUGGCACUCACAGCACAUGGGUCUGACAUGGAGCGAGAAUCCAGCGCAGCGCCUGCCAACACCAUGGCCUUGCAAUCAGUAUCCGAAGCAGCUCUUGUCGCUGAAGCCGAACAGCUGAGGCAACAGCUGCGUGCAUUGAUGGUUCGCAAUGUGAACGCGGAGAAUGAUCGUUUACGCAUGGAGCUUGCACAGCGACAGAAAGAGGAGCAGCUGAGCAUUCUGGACCAGACCAAUCAAAAGCUGAAGAGUGAAGCCACCCGGUCAAGGCAGGAGGUGCUGAAGGCAACCAAACAAUUUGAGAAACGAACGACUGAAGCUAACAGGCGCUUGACCGAUAUGGCAAUGGAGCUGGCGAAAACGCAGGAGAGUGCACGUCGAUUUCAGGAGCUGCUCGCUGCCGAGCGUCGCAAGCAGCAUGGCCUGCAGCGCGCCCUCGAGGACGAGUUGCAGAAAUCCGGUCACCAAAGAACAUCUGGCUUGACAGAAGACCAGGGUGUGGCAUUAGCCAGUGCACAGCAAGCUUACAUUCAGACAUUGAGUGAUGCCCUGGGCAAGCAAACGCAAACCAGUGGAACAAGUCACAUUCGCGUUGAGGAUGUUGUACGCAGAAAUGAGAGUCUUCUCCUGGAAGUGGCCAAACUGAAGGCAGAUGUGAAGCGAUUGCAAGGGGAGAAUACUACUAUGCUGCAACAGACCAAGCUAGCAAAUGCUGAUGCAAAGCAUAUGAGGAUGUACGUAUCAACUUGCAUGGCAGAUAGGACUGAGCUGCAGAAGCGCCUAGAGAAAGCUGAUCGUGAGCACCGCCGGUUGGAGAACUCGCUCACACACCAAGCCAGUGACUGGGUUAGAAGCAAGCGUGCCGGCAAGCAGACCGAACAGCACCGGAAAUGGGACCAUCUGACUCACGUUCCUGAGGUCAACUUUUUCAAGUACAACCGGUCGCACAUACAGUCCCCACCACCACCGCCACCACACUGAGUGAGUGAUAGCCGCGGAGAUUUCAACACCAGCAUCAGUGGAACUGCAGUAGAAAGCUCUCAAGCUAUCAAUAGUCCAACUACACAAUGUGCAUACAUAAUGGUGUGUGUGUUGCUAGCGCUGAGCACAAUUAUAUCAAAAACUUGAGUACCUACAAGCUUCUGGCUUGCUGCGUUUGUGAACUUUUCAUACAAUUUGAAGUAUUAUUUUUAUAAUGUACUUUCAAGUAUACAUUUACAAGAUUAACGGGUAUUUGCUGCUAGGUAAAUUUUAGGUAAAUUUCUUUUAUCUUGAUUUCAUCAGCUUAUACUUAAUAUAUACACUGAUUUUAAGGUGGAUAUUUUUGUUUCCCUGAUACUAAGUAGAGAAUUGAGGACUCAUUCUUCCUAUAAAUAGAACAAAAGCAUUUUGAAAACGAAAAUCUCUUCUCCAGUA